UGGAACUUGAACAUUACUAUCUGCCUACCGCAAGUAGAGCUUCUAAUCGUUCGCGUGCUACUGAGCAAUAUGCAGAUUUUUGUUCGGUUGAUGUGUGGCAAAAGAAUAAAGCUCGAGGUGGAAUCUACGGAUACCAUUCACAGUGUAAAGAGGAAGAUUGAAUCCCUAGAACGGACCCGUUUGUGUGACCAUCGUUUGAUUUUCAAUGGUUGGUGUCUUGAAGCUUGCAAAACCUUAGCGGACUACGAAAUUGAGAAAGGUUGUACUAUAGAUGUGAUGCUGCGGUAUGCGUCAAGUUGUGUACCAUACAGUGACUAUAGUAAACUGAUUGAGAAGGUGGAAAGUCUUGAAGGGAGUCUGAAGUUGGCGAGGGAGAGAGAAAGCCAUACGGCAAAGUUAUUGGAAGCAGAAAGCGCUGCACACUCCCGCCUUCAGUCUAAAGUAGAUCUCAUGGCUCAGAUGUUCGAUGCCCUGCUUCGCCCUCCCUGACGCUUUCACUAUUUUCAACGUUGUAAUAUUAACAACUUCUCUUUGUUUCGGUUGUCUGAUUAUUAAUAUUACAAAUUCAAAGUUUCUAUGGAUAUAUUGGAGCUUGUUGAUGGAUUUAAUAAUCUCUUUCCUUUCCUACUAUUUGCAUUAGCCACAUGGAAAUUCCAAUGUUUUCUUUAGCAUGUGUGUAAGGUUUUAUGUAACUAAGUGUUUCAAAUUAAAUUUUAAUUCCCUUGUAUUUUGUCAGAUUUUACAGGUGAAUGCCCUCUGAUUUGUGUUUUAUGAGUGCCGGUUCAUAUAUUCCGGCAUGUGUAAGAUUUGUCUAGAAUGUUUCAUUGAGCAUGUAUAUUAUUUGUCAAGUCAUUGUACUCGAUUGAACUGGAUUGUUUGUGGAUGAUUCAUCUCCCACAUG